CAAUUGGAUAGAAGAUUGUAUUGAAGCCGAUAAAAUUUCAAUACAAUUGUAUUUCUAAGACGUCGAAUAGAAAUGAUGUUUAUUUGAUCCUAACGAUUUUGGAAAAAUAAGUUUUUUAAGUGAUUAUGUUGGUGUAAAUUAACAAUGGCUGUUAUAAGAGAAAAAGAAAACACUUCAAAAAGGUUUAAUGGCAAAGUUCCCGUGCUAUCUUUUAAUAACAAAAAAAUGUCAAAUACGGAUAGUGAAGAUAUAUUAGACCCGCUUUCAGAAGAAUUACGGAAUAUUCAAAGUGUUAUUCAUCUUACACGUGGAAAUAUUGAUGCGCUCAAUGCCAAAUUUGCUAGGUUUCAAAACCCCCCUUCGAUGUAUGUUACCGAAUAUCAAGAAUUGUCAGCUAAACUGCAGGAAUUCGAGAUCAAAGAAAAUAAAUUGAUUGAACAAUUAAAUGAAACUAAUAAUGAAUUGAAUAGUCCGGAUUCUCCAGAGACUCCCGAAUUUUUGACAGUUACCAAAGCACCUAAAACUUUAUUACGAGCUUAUUUGCCUUUCCAACAGAGGACUAGCGUGGAAGUUAAACCUGGACUUAGUUUAAGAGAGGCUCUACAUAAAGCAUUAAAUUUGAGAAAUUUAACUUGUGAAAUGUGUGAAGUCUAUAGAAACGAAUCAACUCUUUUUCCCAUUCCCUGGGAUUCUGAUAUUAGCCAAAUUGAUGCUGAUGAAGUCACUGUUAAAAUAGUGGAUAAAUAUCAGUGCUAUUACACUAGUGUGUCCCAUCAAUUUAUGAGAAAAACUUUUUUUUCUAUAGCCUUUUGUGAAUGUUGUAGACGCUUAUUAUUCACCGGAUUUUAUUGUAGCCAGUGUAAUUACCGGUUUCACCAAAGGUGUGCUGAUAAAGUGCCUGUUCUGUGUCACCAAGAUCGUUUGAAAGAUGCAUUCUAUAGACAAUUGUUGGCUGAAAAAGAUUCUGCUGCUGGGAUUAUUUAUCUCCCACCUGGAUUUAAAUAUCAAAAUCAAGACUCUGGAAAGCACCCAAGGACCCUUAAUCCUAGUGAUAGGUCUAGCUCAGCGCCCAAUGUUUGCAUGAAUAUGCUUAAACCUAUGACCUUAGCUGAGCAUCAAUUAGCACAAGCACAUUCGAAUCUACAUGCUGCUCCUGUGAUAUCAACAGCGCAAAGUGGUACUUCUUCAGGAUCUACCCAGAGCACACAAGCUUCACCAACUGGAACCUUAAGAAACAGAAGACCCAGAGCAAAAUCUGCCGAUGAAUCUAAUAAAAAUCUUUUGGCACAAAGAGAGAGUUAUGAUGAUUGGGUAAUACAUGCUGAAGAAAUACUCAUUGGCCCACGUAUUGGUUCGGGCUCAUUUGGGACUGUGUACAAAGCCCACUGGCAUGGGCCAGUUGCUGUGAAAACUUUGAAUGUAAAAACUCCUUCUGCGGCUCAAUUACAAGCAUUCAAAAAUGAAGUGGCUGUUUUGCGUAAAACUCGUCACUGUAAUAUUCUUUUAUUUAUGGGCUGCGUAAGUAAACCAUCAUUGGCAAUAGUCACUCAGUGGUGUGAAGGAUCCAGUCUUUACAAACAUCUACAUGUUUUUGAAACGAAAUUUGAACUUCUGACUCUGAUAGAGAUAUCUAGACAGUCUGCUCAAGGCAUGGAUUAUUUGCAUGCCAAAAAUAUUAUUCAUAGAGAUCUUAAGUCAAAUAAUAUAUUUUUGCAUGAUGACCUAACAGUUAAAAUUGGUGAUUUCGGUCUAGCGACAGCUAAAGUUCGAUGGUCUGGUUCUCAACAAUCAAAUCAACCUACGGGCUCUAUUCUUUGGAUGGCUCCAGAGGUAAUACGAAUGUCCGAAGAAAACCCUUACACAUUUCAAUCUGAUGUUUAUGCCUUUGGAGUUGUCAUGUAUGAGUUGUUAGCUGGACAGUUGCCAUAUGAAAGCCAUAAAGACCGUGAUCAUAUAUUAUUUAUGGUUGGAAGGGGUUAUUUAAGACCAGAUCUUAACAAAUUACGAACUGAUUGCCCAGCAGCUUUGAAAAGAUUGACAGAUGAUUGCAUACGAUUCAAAAGAGAGGAACGACCUCUGUUUCGUCAAAUUCUUACUUCACUAGAAAACUUGAUUAGAAGUCUGCCAAAAAUUCACCGUUCUACCUCUGAGCCAAAUUUAAAUCGCACACAUUUGCAUUCUGAUGAUUUUGUAUAUACAUGUACAAGUCCUAAAACUCCAGUGAAUUUUCAUUUUGGACAAUUUCCAUUUUAUAAUACAACUGCUGGUAAUAUUUAACAAAAUAAUAGCAAGAAUUUUCUCCUGAUUUCAUUGCCUAGUGAUUAUUUUCAUAUACAUACUUAUAUUACAAUAAUUUUUUCUUAUUGUAUCACUCCCUUGAACAUUAACAAGACAAUAUAAAAAUAUUAUUUUAAGGUUUCAAACAUUUAUAUUUUUAAAAAUGGGCUAGGAUAUAGCUGAAAAAUUGUCUGAUGAUGCAGUUCAUCAGCAUCCAUGGAUUUUUAGCAGUAUUAAAUUCAUAUUUUAGUUAAUAUUAUCAAAAUUUUAUAUUUAGUAUUUAAAUUCAUUUUCAAUUUGUAUUUAGCAAAUUUUAAUCAUUGAUACAG